AUGAUGAAUGAAGGAGAUGCAGAAGGUAAUGGCCCAACUGACUUCCCUGAGCUCCUGACAAUGAUGACAGGAAAAAUGAAAGACGCAGACAGUGAAGAACAAACUCCACAAGCAUUUCACAUGUUCGAUAAGUGUCGCCAUGACUGUAUCAGUGCAGUGAUGACAAGCCUUGGAGAGAAGCUAAAACAUGAAGAGGUUGAUGAAACGAUCAGGGAGGCUGAUAUGAAUGGGACGGACAGGUAA